AUGAAUGGAUCGAACUUUUCUUCGGCGUGGAAUCUUGAGGUACAUGAGAAAUUGCCUGCAGCAGCUUAUUAUGCCUCUGGAUGUAUCUAUAUCAUGUUCCUUCUAAUAGCCACGGCAGGGAACAGUGUCGCAAUCUAUGUGUUCAUAUGCAGUAAGAAGCUUCGAUCCGCCAACCACUAUCUGGUAUUCGCCCUAUGUUUUGGCGAUUUGCUGAUGGCCUCUGUUGGGAUAUCAAUGCUGAUUAUUACCAGUUUCACCACCUAUUGGAUUUUAGGUGACAUGGCAUGUACAGCGUAUGGAACGUUAAUGACCUUCUUGGGUCUUUCUCAGAUCACUCUGCUUGGUAUUAUUGCCUUCUCACGGUACAAGUGUGUAGUUCACAACCACAGGACUACACCCCUAUCUGCCAAAAUCGGUGUUGCUGUGUGCUAUUCAUUUAGCAUGUGUUUGGCAGCCGCUCCUAAUUUCGGGUGGAGUAAUUAUGUUGAAGAACCCAUUGGAACUUCGUGUGGACCAAACUGGAAGGGCAUCGAGUCACGUGACAUCAGUUUCAACAUAACGUUGUUUUGCACGUGCUUCCUAUUGCCACUGUUUGUUAUUCUCUUCUGCUACACGAUGGUCUACAGAAAGAUCAUGAAUACAAACAGAGUGAACAAGAGUAGGGAAAUUUACGUUUCUAUCACCAUCUUCCUCAUGAUUGUGACAUUCAUCGGCGCCUGGACCCCAUACGCUUGUAUGGCAUUAUACAUCAGCAUAACUAAAAGUAACCAGAUAAAUUUGGUCUGUGUUGCUAUUGCACUGAUUCUCGCCAAAAGUGUCCCAAUAUGGAAUCCUUAUAUCUACUUCUUGAGAGAUAAACAAUUUAAUUCUGAGUGCCAAAAAUUGAUACCUUUCCUAACAAGAGUUCCCUUCUGGCGUACCAGACCAAGGAACCGGGACGAGGUGUUGCAACUUCAACGAACAGUAGUGCGGGAUUGCGCAACCACCAAUGUCUGACAAGUGGUGAAAGUUUGCAUACAGUGUGUAUACAUAUUUUGUUUCUGGUUUAAAGGGAUCUCUACCUAGUCCGACUGUUAAGAAGAAAUCAUGUCGGGAAGUGGUGUUUCAUCCACCUUUUUGCAACUGAAAGACGGAUUAAGACGGUGAUUAAAGUCUCUAAAUUUCCUAUAUAUAUUCAUGUAGAUUUUGUGUUGAAAUAUUUAGACACUGUCUACACUCAAA